AUGCGGUGGCCUGGGCGAGGCGACUCCAACACUGGGGAGCAGAGUCGGCGACGCCGGCGGGGACGAAGGGUCUCUGGAAAGCUGGGGGACUUCUUGCCGGCCCCCUCACGGCAGGUUAGACGGCGGCCGCGGCUGAGGAUCGCCGCGUUGCACCGAAAGGGGACUCACAGGACCGGCCGGCGGACCUCGCGUCACUGCGGGGCGGGGGCGACCCCUCGCUGGCCGGGCGGGGCUGACACUGCGCGGCGACGGGGCCCCCGCGCUCGCUGCCCCUGCCCCUCGGCCCACGCCUGCUGGGGUCUCGUCCGGAAAGGGGUGGGCGCGGAUGACCCUAGGGACCCCCAGCCCUGUUUUCCUACGGGAGCACCCGCGCCGGGCCGCCAGCCGCGGCCGGUCGCAGAGCUGGGGACGGCGAGUGCGCGCCAAGGGUUCUACGGAGGGGCUGCAGGCCGCAUGCGGCCGCCGGUGGGGAGCCGCCGUCUGGGUUCCGGGGCUCGUUGGCGAUGGGCCGCGGGGGCUGAAUGCUGA